AUGGAUUUCCUGCUGCUGCUGCUCCUGGUCUUUUUCGCACCACUACUCCUCUUCAUAGCAUGGCUAGCCGUCUCCUCGUGUCUGGGGAACCGGUUCCGCACGCGCCUGGGAGGCUUCUCCGUGCGCCCCGACCUUGAUGCGUACGGGCCAAGCUACCUACGGACAAUGGCCAGCUCGGGCCCUGCCAUGUCGGAGCAGAUCGAGCUGGAGGACAUGUUUUCGAGCUCCGAGCCCGGCGUGAGACGUCAUAUCGAAGAAGAGGAUGAUUGA